AUGUUUCCAUCUCUAUCCUUCAUAUUGAUAUUCUUGGCGGGUCUUAUAUCUGCCCAGUUCAACUUCUUCGAUGGCAUGUUCCGCCACCAAGAGCAACAUCAGCCUUCUGGCGCUUCGCAGUGGGCCUCCCAUUCUGAGAGCAUAUCCUGCAACCGUUAUUUAUGCCCUGCAACUCUAGAAUGUGUCAAGGCGCCCAGAGAAUGUCCUUGUCCAAACGUUGAAGACGUCAAGUGUAUAAUACCCGACGCAGGCAGCCGAGACGGCGCGACAGUACUGUGUGUACGGGGAGAAAAUGAAUGCGCAGAUGUGGAGCGGCUUUCCAAGAAACAGUGGAUGUGA